GGAGGCGGGAGGGGAUUUGGGGGGUCUCGGUCCUCCCCACCACCGCCUCGGUGUUCGGGGAACCAGUCUCCCUGUGGGGAGGAGAGGCAGGCUGGCAGUCCUGGAGGGACUGGGUCCCACAAAGAGGGGCCAGAGGAGCUGAGAGAGGGGGCCGGGACACUGGGAAGGGGUCGUCCAGAGGCCUCCCGGGGAUGGGGGUUGCAGCUCGACUGAGCGCCCCUCGAGCGCUGGUACUCUGGGCCGCACUGGGGGCAGCAGCUCACAUCGGACCUGCACCUGAUCCGGAAGACUGGUGGAGCUACAAGGAUAAUCUCCAGGGAAACUUCGUGCCAGGGCCUCCCUUCUGGGGCCUGGUGAAUGCCGCCUGGAGUCUGUGUGCUGUGGGGAAGCGGCAAAGCCCCGUGGACGUGGAGCUGAAGAGGGUCCUUUAUGACCCCUUUCUGCCCCCACUGAGACUCAGCACUGGGGGAGAGAAGCUCCGGGGAACCCUCUACAACACCGGCCGCCAUGUCUCCUUCCUGCCUGCACCCCGGCCCGUGGUCAACGUGUCUGGGGGGCCCCUCCUCUAUAGCCAUCGACUCAGUGAACUGCGAUUGCUGUUUGGAGCGCGCGAUGGAGCCGGCUCUGAACACCAGAUCAACCACCAGGGGUUCUCUGCGGAGGUGCAGCUCAUCCACUUCAACCAAGAACUCUAUGGGAACCUGAGCGCCGCCUCCCGGGGCCCCAAUGGCCUGGCCAUUCUCAGCCUCUUUGUCAAUGUGGCCGGCAGCUCAAACCCCUUCCUCAGCCGCCUCCUUAACCGUGACACCAUCACCCGCAUCUCCUACAAGAAUGAUGCCUACUUUCUUCAAGACCUGAGCCUGGAGCUCCUGUUCCCCGAAUCCUUUGGCUUCAUCACCUAUCAGGGCUCUCUCAGCACCCCGCCCUGCUCAGAGACUGUCACCUGGAUCCUCAUCGACCGGGCCCUCAAUAUUACCUCCCUCCAGAUGCACUCCCUGAGACUCCUGAGCCAGAAUCCUCCGUCCCAGAUCUUCCAGAGCCUCAGCGGUAACGGCCGGCCCCUGCAGCCCUUGGCCCACAGGGCCUUGAGGGGCAACAGGGACCCCCGGCACCCCGAGAGGCGCUGCCGAGGCCCCAACUACCGCCUGCAUGUGGAUGGUGCCCCCCAUGGUCGCUGAGACUCCCCAUCGAGGAUUGCGCCUGUCCUUUCCAAGUCUCCCCACUCGGGGAGGGGAGUCACCCCCAAAACAAAGCUAUUAAAGGGACAGAAUACUUCCUGUU